UAUUCUACAUUUUGCAUUCCCAAUUUUCAAAAUAUGGUUAUCCUUUUAAAAAAUAAUUCGAAUGAUAUAGAAAUUACAAUUAAUAAAGAUAAUUUACCUUACGGGACUCUUUUAAUACUGGAUCAGUUAAAUAGUCGAAAUAAUGUAAGAAUAAAAUAUGGGAAUGAAACAUCAUUUCUAGCCAAUGAAAUAAAUUUAAAAGAUGAUGUUAUAAUAGCAAGACAUCUAGCUCGUGUUUUUCCUUACCUCAAACUUUAUGAAGGGAAUCCCUUACAAUUAACCGAGAUAGAUAAUUGGACUGUAAAGGCAGUAUAUAAGUAUCCUAAUUUACCCAAAGCAAAAUUAUAUAGAGUAAUUGACAAAAUAAAUACAACAUUAACACGAUCAAAUUCAAUCAAAAUUAAAUUUUUGGUAGGCGAUAACUUAACACUUGCUGAUAUCUUUGUUUGGGCUUACACACAAGUGAAUCCCGAGUUUUCUAAUGCAGUCACAAAUAUGAGAAAAUGCGAAAACUUUAUAUCAUGGUUCAGUCAAUUAUCCUCAAUUUGUCCUUUUAAUAAAAUCCAAAUUAAUGAAGAAGCCUUAACCAAGAUUAAAGAACAAGGAAAUAUCAUAAAAAAGCGCGCUAAUUUGGUAGAAUCUGCUAAAGUCACAAAUACUACUUUUGGCGGAUUAAUUGGAAAAGAAAGCUUAAACAACCAAAAUACUUCACCUUAUCAUCCAAAAGAUGUUAUAAAAAAAACUAUGUCUAAAGAGAAAAAAAGGGACGAAGGAAAGUUUAUCGAAUUACCAAACGCUAUUAUGGGGAAAGUUGUUACAAGAUUCCCGCCUGAGGCUAGCGGAUAUUUACACAUUGGCCAUGCUAAAGCAGCAUUAUUAAACCAAUAUUAUCAACAAACAUUUGACGGAAAACUAAUAAUGAGGUUUGACGACACAAAUCCCGCUAAGGAAACAGAGGAAUUUGAAGAGGAAAUUUUAAAAGAUGUUGAAUUGUUGCAUAUCAAGCCGGAUAAAUUUAGUCACACGUCCGAUCAUUUUGAAACUCUCUUAAAAUUUAGCGAGCUUUUAUUAAAAUCGGGAUAUUUUUAUGUUGAUGACACUGACCCUGAUACCCUUAAGAAGGAACGCGAGGCUAGAAAGUGUUCUAAAAAUCGUGAUAAUAGCAUUGAAAAGAAUCUGAAAAUGUGGGAAGAAAUGAAGAAAGGAACAAUUUAUGGGCAAACUUGUUGUGUUAGAGCAAAAAUUGAGAUGGAUUCUAAUAAUGGCUGUAUGCGAGACCCUACUAUGUACAGAUGCAAAAAUGAAAAUCACAUUCGAACAUGCGAUAGAUACAAAGUUUACCCUACAUAUGAUUUUGCGUGUCCCAUAGUUGAUAGCAUAGAAGGGGUUACUCAUGCUUUGAGAACCACUGAAUAUCAUGACAGAGAUGAUCAAUAUUACUGGAUAUACGAUACCAUAGUUACGGUUUGCAACUCUGCACCUGACCCUCUUAUUAAUCCCCAUUCCUUACAACUACCUAAUAGACCCAAUAUUAUGGAAUAUUCCCGACUCAAUAUGAUGCAUACCGUUUUGUCUAAAAGAAAAUUGAAUUGGCUUCUUAAUGAGCUGGGGGUGGUUCAGGGUUGGGAUGACCCUCGGUUUCCUACUCUCAGAGGCAUUUUAAGGAGAGGACUAACUAUAGAGGGACUCAAGAAUUUUAUUUUGGCUCAGGGUUCAUCUAAAUCGGUUGUCAAUAUGGAUUGGGACAAAAUUUGGAGUUUUAACAAAAAAGUCAUAGAACCAUCGGCACACCGUUACGUUGCCUUAGAUAGAGAGAAUAUUAUUAAAGUUGUAAUUCAGGGGCUUCAAGAAUCUGUUAGAGACAUCCCGCUUCAUCCCAAGGAUGUCUCAUUCGGCUCUAAAAAAACCUUGUUUAGCCCUAACAUGUUGAUAGAACAGGCGGACGGAGUUUUGAUGAAGGAAGGGGAUAUCGUAACAUUCAUGAAUUUAGGUAACGUACGUGUAAACAAAAUCAACUACGCCGAUCACAAUAAAUCUUUGAUAUUUAUGAUAACGGGAACUUAUUUGCCCAACGAUAAGGACUAUAAAAACACGAUAAAAAUAAAUUGGCUUGCAACUAAAAGUGUGGAUCAAAAAAAUUUGACUCUCGGUGAUAAUUUAAUACCUAUCGAUUCCAUUUCAUUCGAUUAUCUUAUCACGAAACCUGUUCUCGCUAAAGAAGAGGAUUUUAAGGAUUACAUUAACACCAAAGAUACCUGGAUUGAAAAAAGGUACAUCGGUGAAAUCGCUCUCGGAAAUAUUAAGAAAGGUCAAAUAAUACAGUUGCUAAGAAAAGGAUUUUACAUUUGCGACUCUCAGUAUGAAUCAUUCGACCGUAAUAUAUGUAGACCUUCAAUUCCUCUUCGUUUGUUUUCCAUACCCGAUGGUUCAUCUACUACUACCACCAUAAAUACCAACUCGACUUGCAAUGUAAAAGAUAAGGUUAUUAAAACAAUAGUGAAUCCGUACACAAAAGAAAAACCACAAACAAAAGGAUUCACUGAUUUUAAAACACAGGACGAUAAUAAUAUCCAAAAAAUUAAUUUACAUGAAAGUAUUUUGAAACAGGGAGUAGUAUUAAGAAUGUUAAAAUCCGAAAAGGCUAAUAAAGAAAUAAUAGAUGAAAAUGUUAAAACAUUACUAUCAUUAAAAUCUGAAUUUAAAUUGGUAACGCAACAAGAUUGGAAGCCCGAUAGUAUUGAAAAAUCUCUCGAGAAUUGUAAUGCAACCAAACCCAAUCCUAAGACUGCAAUAGAUAAUGAAGAAAAGAUUAAUUCAUUGAACACUCAAAUAAAACAACAAGGGGACAAAAUUAGACAAAUAAAAUCAACAAUCACCGCUAAACUUGAUAAAGCAUCCUUGGAUUCCGAAAUUAAAAUAUUAUUGUCGCUCAAAAGUCAAUAUAAAAUAUUAAGUGGAAAAGACUGGAUUGAUGCGAACAUUAAAGAAAAAUCAGAAAAGUCAAAGAGCAAUCGCAAGGAAAAAGACAAAUUAAUACCUACGGAAAAAGAAAAGAAUAAAGACAAUGCACCUGUUCAACCGAAUCCAACUCUCAUUAACAAUCCAAAUAUCAAAAAAGUUACCAGAUUGGGUUUAGAAGUUAGAAAAUCUGAAAAUUUUUCCGAGUGGUAUACUCAAGUCAUUACUAAGGCAGAGAUGAUAGAAUACUACGACGUUAGUGGGUGUUACAUAUUGAGACCUUGGUCUUACAACAUUUGGGAAUCAAUCCAAAAAUUCUUCGAUACCUCUAUCAAAGCAUUAGGGGUUUCCAACGUUUAUUUUCCGAUAUUCGUUUCUCGACAAGCGUUAGAGACGGAAAAGAAUCAUAUCAACGAUUUUUCACCAGAGGUAGCUUGGGUUACGAAAUCAGGUGAUACCGAUCUAGCCGAACCUAUAGCCAUUAGACCAACUAGUGAAACAGUUAUGUACCCCGCUUACGCCAAAUGGAUUAAAUCUUACCGGGACUUGCCCCUUAAACUAAAUCAAUGGAACAAUAUUGUGAGAUGGGAAUUCAAACACCCGACACCUUUUAUUAGAACGCGUGAAUUUUUAUGGCAAGAAGGACAUUCUGCUUUCGCUACUUACAAAGAAGCUGAAGAUGAAGUAUAUACCAUAUUAGACUUAUAUGCAAGAGUGUACGAAGAAUUAAUGGCUAUACCGGUUAUAAAGGGUAGAAAAACAGAGAAAGAAAAAUUUGCUGGUGGCGUUUAUACCACCACCGUUGAAGCCUAUAUCGAUUCCACUGGAAGAGGCAUACAGGGUGCCACUUCCCAUCACUUGGGCCAAAAUUUUUCGCGUAUUUUUGAUAUAACUUAUGAAAAUCCCGAUUGGGUCUCAUCUACUGCCAAUCAAACGGAAGUCCAUGAUGUGAAUAUAGAAAAACAAUUAUAUGUUUAUCAAAACUCGUGGGGCUUAACAACUCGUACCAUAGGGGUUAUGGUCAUGAUACAUGGCGAUGAUUUAGGUUUAGUUCUGCCACCUAGAAUCGCUCCUAUUCAAGUUGUUAUCAUCCCUUGUGGUCUGACAGCGAUUCUUCCAGAGCAAGAUAAACAGAAUUUAUUGAAAAUGUGCGAAGAUAUUUGUCAAAGGCUUAAAUCCGUUGAUAUUAGAUGCAAAGCGGAUACAAGAGACCAUUAUUCUCCCGGCUGGAAGUUUAAUCACUGGGAACUUAAGGGUGUACCCUUGAGAAUAGAGAUAGGGCCUAAAGAAUUGGUUAAUAAAACCUUGGUAUUAGUUAGACGAGAUACGGUAGGCGAUAGGCAAACUUUAGCAAAUGAAGAUGGCGAUAAAAUAGUUACACUCGUUCAAGAAAAAUUGACCCAAAUACACGAUAAUUUGUUUGAAAAAGCAAAAGACAAACUUGAUAACAACAGGGUUAUGAUAUACAAAUGGAGCGAAUUUUGCCAGCAUUUAGAUCAGAAGCACAUCAUCGAGGCGCCUUUUUGUGGAGAUAUGGAAUGCGAGGAUGAGAUCAAGAAAUUAAGUGCUAGCGAAGAUACAAGUGAAGCUACUGGUUCCACAAUGGGAGCAAAAAGCUUGUGUAUACCUUUCAAGCAAUGUGAACAGAUCAAGGAUUCGCACAAAUGUAUUAGAGCAGCAUGUUCAAACAAGCCUAAAUUUUUUACACUUUUUGGUAGAAGCUACUGAAUAAAUAUCCAUUAUUUUUUUUUCUUUCUACUGCUUGAUCCACGAAAAUACAUUUAUUGUUUAAUUAUUGAAUGAAAAUUAUUUUUUUAUAAUUAAAACCUGUUAUAUUAAUGUUUUGUUUUAUCAUUUUUUGCCUUGGAUUCAGAUCAGUGGCGUAGCUAGGAAUUAUCCUUAGAGAGGGUCCAUACGUAUAAAAGCUGGGGGGCUUCGCCCCCCCCCCAGACCCCGGCCGGGUUUAUCUUACAAAUCAUAACCAUAUCUUCGAUAAUAUAUAAUAAAUAUAUUUUUUAAAUGCAUCAAUAAUAUGUUAUUAUAAUUUAGUAGAUUAUUCUCAAUGAAUUUAUAAUACUAUACAGAAUGAUUUCAAUAGUAAUAUAAUAUCCUUCCACAAACAUCAAAACCAGAAAAAUAUAAUUCAUAUAAAAUCACUUUUAAGUCUUUUGAACGUAUAAUCUCAAAAAAACUGGGAGGGGUCCAAACCCGAAAACCACCCUCGUAGCUACGCCACUGAUUCAGAUCGUUCAUUUUUGAAAGCUAUAUAGUUAUAUCUAGGGUUGUAAAUAUCCUGGGAAACUAAACUAUAUUUCGGGGAAAUUUUCAGAGAAAUUUGGGGAAAAAACGGGAAACUAUCUUUUUUAUAAUACUUUACAGUUCAAUAUUGAUUUU